AUGUCUUCUCAAUUGGAAUUUAUUAUGCAAUUGUAUAUGAUGAAUUUGUUGCAACAACAACAGCAGCAGCAACAACAGCAACAACACCAACAGCAACAACAAUUUUUUCCCCAAAGUCCUGUUAAACAACAGGAAUUGCGUAUACCACAACCUCAAUCUAUGAAUUUAAGGACUCAAACACGCAAAAAUUCACAAAACACCCAGUGUAGUAGUAGCCGUAGUAGUAGUCCCAAUAGUAAUUCCAGUCCCUUACCUAAUACAACUAAUACUACUCUCAACUCUUUGCCAACAACACCACAAGCCUCCUUUAAUCCCACCCACCUAUCCUCGCCCAUUCUAACGGCGACGGCACCGGCAACACAACCCAUGACACAAAUGUUGCUGAAUAAUCUGCCGCCUUUGACACAGUUUAUGUUGAUGCAGCAAUUGCAGCAACAGCAACAACAAAUAACCACCUCCAAUUUAUUACUAACACCCACCACACCCAAUUCCCAGAACUCCCAAAGUGCCGGCUUUAGUACGCCGUUAGCUGAUAGUUGCAGCUCAACACAAACUCACUUGAAUAUGGCCGGUUAUUUGGCCAACGCGGGUUUGUUUAAUCCCAGUGCCGCCGCCACCGCUACUGCUCCUGUUUCUAUUUCUGCUCCACUUUCAGUAUCUAGUUCUUCAGCUUCUGCUUCUCCUAGCUCUGCUUCUGCACUUCUCUUUCCCUCUACUUCUUCUUCAGCUUUUCCACUACAGAAUCCUUUUAUAGCCGCCUCCUCAUCACAACACAAUUUUCUUCAAUCAUCUACAGUGACCUCAACACCCUGCAGUGACUCGAUUUUGGCCGAUAAACCGAACGUCAACUUAACAACUUCGGCAGCUUUGGGUCCUGAGAUAAGUGAUGUUGAAACUGAUGAUGUUGAUUUGAUUUGUAAGCCUAAACUCGAACCUAUUGAGACUAUUAAUUUAUCAGACGAAGAUGCUCAGGUUUAUUCUAGUCUUCAUUCGUCAUCGGGUAAUUCGGGCGCCAAUUCCGGCAAUAAUUCCAAAUUAAUGUGUUCGGGUGUUAUGGCUUUGGAAACAACCUCGGAUUCUUUGGACGAUUUAGCACAAAUGCCUUAUACCCCUGAAAAAUCCUUUUCCCUUAACAAUCCCUCCACCUCUUCCUCCUGUUCCCUUUUGCCCCUUAAAGAUUCCCUUAUUACAGCUAACGAGGAGCAGCUACAACAACAGACCAACCUUACCACCACCCCGGUGACAUUGAAAAAUGCCAUACUCACCCCACCCUCCAGUGAGCAACUUUCGACGGGUCAAACUUUUGAGGCUAUGUGUGGUGCGCAAAACCCCACCGGGGCUUUGGGGGCCACAUGUGCUUCGGGUGUUGAUUCCUUUUUGACCGAGGAAAAUCUUAAACAUUUACGCAAAAAUUCCUCCUAUUUGGAGUGUGGCAAUAGUUUGUGCCGCCAGGAAAAUCUACGUGAACAUUUCCAUUGUUUUGAGGAACCCUGUCAGGGUAAGAUUCUCAGCAAGAAAGAUGAUAUUAUUCGCCAUUUGAAAUGGCAUAAGAAACGCAAGGAAAGUUUACUAUUGGGCUUUGCCCGUUUCUCUUCUUCGGAUGAUUGUGCACCUGAGUAUGGUGCCGGUUGUGCUCAUAAUUGGAAACAGACUCAUUAUCAUUGCAUCUAUGAGGAUUGUCCUAAGGUGUAUGUCAGCACUAGUGAUGUUCAAAUGCAUGCCAAUUUUCAUCGUAAAAAUUCGGAAAUAGUGCAGGAAGGUUUUAGACGUUUCCGCGCUCAUGAGAAUUGUAAGAUCGAAGAAUGUCCCUUCUAUGGCAAGAAGACCUCGCAUUAUCAUUGCUGUCGGGAGGGUUGCAAUCAUACCUUCAAGAAUAAGGCUGAUAUGGAUAAACACAAGACCUAUCACAUGAAAGAUCAUCAAUUGAUCCAGGAUGGUUUUAAGAAAAUCCUUAAAACCGAACAGUGUCCCUUUGAGGAUUGCAAAUUCUCCACCGUCUCCAAUCAUAUACAUUGUGUGCGUGAGGGUUGCAAUUUCAUUUUACACUCUAGCACCCAAAUGAUCAGCCAUAAGCGUAAACAUGAUCGUGCUGAGGGAGAACAAAACUAUCAGCAAUUUAAGAGUCAACGAGAUUCCAGUGAAGAAGAGUCACCUAAGCCAGUGGUUAAAGCAGCCACUAUUAAGCCUGAAAGACGCACCAGCAGCAGCAGUACAUCGACACCUUUGUCUUCUUUGUCGGCAGAACAUUUCUUGGCACGUAAACGUGGUCGUCCUCCCAAGAAAAUUCAAUUGCCUUCAGAAUCUCAAGAUACCAAACGUAUUAAAUUGGAAACUUCGGCCGCCACUAAAACCUCUACCUAUGUGCCCCCUAAAGCGGCCACUCUCUCCAUGAUCAAUCCCUUUAUGCCUGGUUAUCAAAAUCAAACAGCCACCGAUGCCAAUGCUGCUCCAAAUUUGCAAUUAACUCACCUAAUGGCUCUCUUCCAAUUGCAAAAUCCUCUCUUCUAUCAAAAUCUUUAUCCCGGUGGUAGAGCUGCUACCAAUAUGGCCAACAUAUUGGAUAAUGCAGCCGAAAGUGGUUCUACCUCUCCCGCCACCACUAAUGCCAGCUCUAAUCUUAAGCAGGAUUUUAGUGAUAAAUCAGAAUUUAAAGAAUGAAACCAUUAGCAACAAAUAGGUCUUAGAACAUUAUGGGGUUUUCAACUUGACUCGAUUCUAAACGAAUGGAAUCGUUUCGAAGAACGUAAAGGUUUAAAAAGAAAUUUCUGUCGAAAAAAACAACGUUUACCAGCUUAAGCUUAAGGAACUAAACGUUUUCGUAAAGAAAUUUCAGCAAACCGCGGUUCUGGUUUUGGCCAGAUUUUACUAACUUGUGCGAAUAAGUUUUAGUAUAAAUCUACAGCAAA